AUGCCUUGUGUCUCUGGAUCCAGCACAAAUCUGGCUGGCAUGAACGGCAGCAAGACCCCACCACUCGGCGCCAGACCCGCUCCAUCCAACAACAACAGCAGCCGCUACAGCAUCGCUGGUUCCGUCAACGGCUCCCCCAAGCCCACGCAAUACACUUCUCCGCUCGCUCCUCGCGUCAUCUCCGCAUCCGAGGGUUCUUGGGUCCAUCAAAAGGUCCUUCUCAUAUACGGUCAAGUCGGCGACCCGUCACAGCCCUUAGAUGGUGAUCUCACCGUCUGCUCGCACCAAGACUGCUUCCCUCCCAUGUCCUGGCCCGUCAGCGACUCCCACUUCAAAGCACUCGUAUACCUCCAACCAGGCCCCAAUCGCCUUCGUCUAGACUUCAUCCCUCGCCAGCGUCGCCCCUCACAAGGCCAGAUCAACGGCCAACCUGCUCAUUCCUCCUACUUCCAGAUCAACUACCUCCCCAUGAACUCGGCACCACCUCUUCAUUUGGCCAUUCUGGUUGCAAAAGACUCACCCCGCACAUUUGACGCUGUCCCUGACCGUGUCAAGUCCGAGGGUAACGGCUUGGAGACUGCCGUGAGGAAGUUCAGGAUGGCUGCUUAUCUGUGGCAGGCCUUUACCGGCGAACAAAUGAACCGUCAUGGUUUCGGGCGUCGUUGUUUCCGUUACGAGGAAGAAUGGCAACCUGGCAGCUUGACUGGACGCGAUCUUGUGACAGGCCAGAUGCGCAACGAGGCCAAGAUCCACAUCAUCACCUUAAACAAGACCGUCGCCGAGAUUCAAGAUCUCAACAUUGCCCAACAAUACGGUCCCGCCAAACAGAAGGGCGAUCUGUUUUCCAUCGCCAUGGAUGCUGUAAAGAACCACUUCAAGCCUCGACCCGGCCAGAAAGAAUACGUAUCUUGCAUGUACUUGGACACACACUGGGAUUCCAAGGCUGGUACAGUCAGGGGCCAUGCCGCUCUAGGUGGUGGCGACGAACAGGUGAAGCUUGCCGUCUUCGGUUCUCACUCUCUGCAGUCAUAUCCUGCUCAUCUUGAAGAAGUUGUGCCAGCGUUUACUGAUUGCACAAAAACCGACACCAACUAUGUCGCCAACGACUGCAACGAAAGCGGAAGCAACUGGGAGGCUGCUAACAUCGGGAUUGGCGCCCACAUGCAUGAGACUGGUCACCUGUUUGGCUGUCCCCAUCAAGAAUCGGGUGUCAUGCUCCGCGAUUAUGUCCGUUUGAACCGUACCUUCACUACGAGAGAACCUUACUCGACUCGCACCAAAUCGCAAGGCAUGCGUCUUUGUCUCCAACAGGAUGAGUGUGCAUGGCAUCGCUUGGAUGCUUUGCGAUUCAGAUUACAUCCUUGCUUUGCUCUUCCGACUGAUAUCAAUGUCCCUCCGGAAGAUAGCAUCCAAGUCUGGGCUGUCGAUAAAGGAGCUGCUUUGGUCACCGCAAGCACCGGCAUCGCCUUCAUCGAGAUCUAUACCGAGGGGGAUGAUCUUUGUCGUCACUGGAUCGAGUACUUGGACCCUUCUAGUGGAUCCUCCACAGGCGCACCUCGUCAAAUUACAUUGACAGAAGCCGACUUGAGAGCGAGGGUCGGCGAGGCCAACAAGAACAAGAAGCUGAAAAUCAAGGUCUUUUCCCUCGGACAAGGCGAGCAUGAGGUUGCAGACUUUGCUCAGCACGUGAGCAAGGACUCGAAGCUCAAGCUUCCUGACAGCAGACUGGGCUUCCGAGGCUCAAAGGUUGGAUUCUCACAAAUGGACGGAACCAAGCCUCAGGAAGUGCUUUUGCGAUCAUCACACGAGAAGCGCAAGCUUCUGACAUCAAUAAGAGUGUAUCAUGGAUUUGCGCUGGAUGGUAUCGAAUUUGUGUACGAAGAUGGCGAGAACCAGUUAUUCGGAAAGAAAGGCGGUAAAGAGGGCGGCGAUGAGUUCCCCAUCAACGCACGAUUUGGAGAAACAUUGUUGGGAUUCAAUCUGAGAGCUGGCCUCUGGAUUGAUGGCAUUCAGAUCCUGACUAGCGGUGGCCGUCGCAGCGAGUGGUACGGCAACAAAGAUGGUGGCAGCGGUUGUAGUUUGAUCCCUCCCAGAGGAUACAGUAUUGCCGGUGUCUACGGUACCUGCGGUAAUUGGCUUGAUGGCUUUGGCCUGAUCAUCACGCGGUAG